AUGCCUCAAUAUUGCAAGGUUGGUGGGACGGAGAAUCUAGAACAUACACUUACAGUGACAAUUCAGACUGUGCGGGACGGUGCUGGACCAUCGUAUUCCUCUUAUCCUGAGGAACCUCAGACUGUGCGGGACGGUGCCAUCCUUCGAACAGAUAAGAACUUUUCAUGUACUGAGUGUGGAAAGUGUUUCCCUUUUAAAUCCAGUCUUAUUGCACAUAAAAGGUCUCACACAGGUGAGAAGCCGUAUCCCUGUCCUGUGCAGGAGUGCAGGAAAUGUUUUGCACGAAAAUCUGAACUUAUCGUACAUCAGAGGUGUCACACGGGUGAGAAGCCGCAUUCCUGUGCUGAGUGUGGCAAAUGUUAUGCACACAAAUCAGAUCUCCUCACACAUCAAAGGUCCCACACAGGGGAAAAACCAUAUUCAUGUUCUGAGUGCGGGAAAUGUUUUGUACAAAAAAUGCAUCUUGUCACACAUCAGAGGUCUCACACAGGAGAGAAGCCGUAUUCUUGUGCUGAUUGCGGAAAAUGUUUUUCAAGCAUGUCGAAUCUCUACACACAUCAGAGAGUGCACACGGGUGAGAAGCCGUAUUCCUGUUCUGAGUGCGGGAAAUGUUUUGUACAAAAAUCGCAUCUUGACGUACAUCAGAGAUUGCACACGGGUGAGAAGCCGUAUUCCUGUCCUGAGUGCGGAAAAAGUUUUUCAGACAAGUCGGCUUUGUACAGACAUCAGAAAGCUCACAUUGGGGAGAUGCUGUAUCCCUGUCCUGAGUGCGGGAAAGGUUUUUCAGCUAAAUGGCAUCUUCACAGACAUCAGAGAUCUCACACAGGGGAAAAGCCGUAUUCCUGUCUGGAGUGCGGGAAACGUUUUUCAGAAAAGUCCAGUCUUACCACACAUCAAAGGUUACACACGGGGAAGAGGCUGUUUUCCUGUUCUGAGUGUGGGAAAUGUUUUUCACAGAAGUCCAAUCUUAACACACAUCAGAGAUCUCACAUUGAUAAAGAGAUCGGAGAUCACCAAAGACAUGGAUGA